AUGCACUCCCUAUCAUUUCCCCCUCUCCUCCUCUUAUACUGGGAUUAUUUUCAAAAUGCAGUGGCCAUGCCACCUUACUUCCUACUACCACCAUUGUUGGUCACAUGCCCUGACCAACAAAACCACCUCUAUCAGCAACAAGAGGACAAGCUCCAGACUUCAUGUCUGGGGAAUGGGAAUACUGAGUGUCAUUAUUUAACAGCUGCAGGAUUUGUUUCAAGGACUGGGAAGCAACAAACAGAAUUGCCGCCGUCUCACUGUUGCUGGUACUGGAGCCCCACCUUUGUGCACAAUAUGAUCCUUUGGUCAGGCCAGAUAGUGCUGGGCCCUAACUUUGCAAGGGGAGAUAUAUAUCCACCUUGGGACUCCAACUGCAUCAUCAAACAGUGUGUAUCACCUCCUUGCACAGGGCCUGCAUGCUUUCACCGCAACUUGAGUAUUGAAGUGUUUGGCCAGGAUGUCCAUCUCUUCCUGCUUUCGCCACUCACAGUCCCCAUUCAAGAGUGGCAGCCAGUGCAGCUGGGCUGGUGUGUACACCUCAACACUGUAAGCUGGCGCUACCACUACAGUAGUAGAAGGGGUAGCCCCACGGCCCUUCUCCUUCCUAGCAGCUAUCAUCCAGAUUCGCCACCAUCUGCUCACUACCAUCGUGGUGAACUGCACCACAUGUGCAAAUCCUUCUUCAGCUAUCGCUUGACUGUGCAUUACACUCACAAAGGGAUAUAUAUUUCUUCCCUCCACAUUAAGCAAGGGCCUCGGAUUACCCUUAGCCUGGACUUGCAGGUGGAACCCAUUCUGCUACACAUUUGUAGUACCCAUUCCAAAUUGCUCAGCAUCUCUCAUAAGACCAUCAGUCUCUCCUGGAGCCUGCUACCUGCCAGCUCCCAAAAAAUGGCCUAUAGACUGCUGGAUGUUAACGGUAGAAGGGUUUGGUCUACCUUCUACAAUCCGUAUGCGCUACAGAACAAUUACUCUGCUGCCCAUAUCCCUCAACAUUCCAGGAAGAAAAUAGUGGCCAGUGUCUACUUGUGUGUAGAUGAGGCAGGAUCUGUGGAGCUAGGUGGUGAACUUGGUUACUCUAACACCACCUUAAGUUUAACAUCAAAGAGUGAGCCUCAAGCUUACCUCACUCUCAACACAGAGAAAAUCAAGACGGGCACUUAUCUUUUUAGCCGUAUGCAAGGGCUUUACUAUUCCACCCAAGAAGAAAAUGCUACCAAUACCUCUGGCAACAUUUCCAGCACUCACUACAUUUUCUACCAGCAUCAGAGUCUCUCUUAUUUGAUCACCAUUGAGUUUAUCCGAUUGCAGUGGUACAAGUUCAGUGUGCAUCUCUACCUUAACAGGAAAGGAGCCCUUUGGCGACAUUUUUCAAAGAAAGAUAUUGAGAUUCAUGUUUUCAACAGUGGUCCUUCUGUUUUACAAAGUUUGGUCUAUAUUGUGUGGUUUAUUCCAGUGCAACACCCUCUUCUGCAGUGCAAAUGGAUCUUCAGCUUACAACUUUUUGAUUCAAGAAAAGAAUACCUCCUUUGGAACAAUACUUAUACUUACAGAGAUUCUGUUAGAAAUGCUGCCCACUUUAUUCCUCACUCGGUUUUACCUUUCAAUCCUGCCUUGUAUACAGGCUUUGUAGCCCAAGUAAACUGCACAAGAAGUGGAAAUGCUCAUGCUAUUUUAAAAGCCACAGCCACCACUUAUGCUUCAAAGAUCAUAGAAUCCACAGUGACAUGCCUUCAAAGAAUUUGUUUAAUUGAGAAAGUUAAGAUCCAGAAACCUGAUACUAUUAACUAUAUCUUAAAUUUUAAGAAAAGGGCACCAUUUACUCUGUCUGCUGAUACCAAGAUGAACUGCCCAGGUUCUAACCUACGAGACAUAAUCUGGAAUAUCUAUAAAGUCCCAGAUGUGAACACUACUCCAGACUGGUCAAAACCAUUUAACCCACCUGGUAUUAGAAGAAGAAAUCUGAUCAUGUUAGAAGUCCCUGCAUCUAGCUUAGAUGAUGGCUUGUAUCUCUUUAAUUUUACAGUGAAAUUAAUCACAAUGGCUACCUUGGAGAGUGUGCAAGGCUCUGAUUCAGUGUUGGUUGCGAUUGGGUCAGGUAGUCUUGUGGCUGUCAUUGCUGGAGGCAAAUUGCAGACAGUUGGUUUUUCUAGCCAGUGGACUCUGGAUGGAUCUGCUUCCUCUGAUAUUGAUGCAGCCCAGCCGUUUGAAGGACUCACGUUUACUUGGUACUGCACCAAACAAAAAACAGACUAUGUGUCCAUGAUCCUAAGUGGACAUGGAAAAUGUCAUUCUGAACAAGUGGAUUUGAAAUGGGCAAUAUCCUCUGACCCAAUUCAAACAGUGCUACCCAAAACACUUCAGGAAAAUGCUGUUUAUUAUUUUCGCCUGAUGGUUCAAAAAGGAAACCAAGCAGCUCAGGCUGAGCAAAUGGUAUUUGUGCAGCCUGACUCUGCGCUAGCACUGAAUAUCACAUGCAUUGAAAAUUGUGGUAGGUCAGUAAUACCAACAGAAAGAUUUUGUCUUUCUGGUAAAUGCCUGAAUUGCAGUAAAUCUGGCAGACGACUUUAUUAUUGGUCACUUUUCUCAGCAAGCCCCACUAAAAUACAGUUUGAUUGGGACACCAAGACUACAACUGGGAGAUCAAGUGCGUACCUAUGUAUACAUUAUUUGAGUUUUGUAAACAUGCCAGAACAAUCAUAUGAACUUGUUUUAAGAGUGAGCAUGUGGGAAGGAAAGUCAUCAGCCUACAGUUAUUUAUUUUUUGUCAAUUUGCAACCAGUGGCUGGAAAGUAUGUUCUUUACCGUACCACAGGAAUGGCAUUCCCAACAAAAUCCAUUGUUCACUGUAAUGGGUUUCAAGAUAAACACUUGCCUCUUACAUAUAAAGCCAAAGGAGUUGCAAAUACAUGGACAUUUACUAGAAUAUCUUCCAUAGAGAACAGUACCUUGGGGACAAUUGUGUAUUUUGGUUAUCAAUCUAAAAUUCCAUCAUCUUUUCUACCCACCGGGAUAUCUUCUAAGCAGUAUGCUUUGACAGUAUGUGUUGACCUAUAUGAUGCACUUGGAGCAUAUUCCCAAAUAACUUUACAGACAACAGUGCAUGGUCCAUUAAAAGUAAAGCAAAAAGAUAUUAUAAAUGAAUUAUAUGGUUUAACCAGUGGACCAUCAGCUCCAAUAACAUCUUUUAUUGAAAGUGGGGAUUAUUUUAGUGCAGGUUAUUUUGUCUACAUGAUAGUUUCUACUUUAAAUAAUAUUGAAACUCUGCAAAGAUUGCAUUCCUCUAAGACUGAAUUACGGGAAAUCCUUCUAAAUAGAUCUGCAGAUAUCCCUACAACAAAUGUAAUGGAGGCAAACCAAAUGAUCUCAAGCAUUUCUCAAAUAACACAGGAAAUCACUGAAAUAAACAGGAAAUCACAACUACUUGCAGUCAGAAAACUCAAAGAAGUGAGUGAAGAACUGCAAAGGCAUAGCAAUGAAGACCUAGGGUCUAAGGAAAUAGAGGUUCUUUGCACUGGUAUUUUUGCAGGGUUGUCCAAUGUCCUGAAAGCUUCUCUAUUAGAACACAGGAAUGUCCACAUAAAUGGAGUUAAAGAAACCAUCUCUGUCACUGAGAUUUUAGCAGACCUAGUUUUACAAGGUAAAAUCGCUGGAGAAGAUGAAACUAUUAUGGAAGCCAAAGGUUGGACCAUCACAUUAAGGAAAGAUGAAAAGUGGGAUGUUACUAGUGCUUUCUCUAAGAGAAAAGAAUGCAAGAACUGCUUUUAUCCCCAAAUGAAGCAGGAGGAAAAUUAUGAAUUACCAGUGGAUGCCAUGAUUUCCACUAUUGUUUAUGAGUUUGAUAAGAAUCCUUUUCCUUGGUUACCAUAUACAGAUAAUAUUGGCACAAUGGUGGCUGGAUUCAAGAUGAUGGGAACCAAAUCUAACGGUGACAUGACUGGGAUCAUGCCUGAUAUAGCAGAAAUGGUCCUGACUAGAAAAGGUGAGGCAUCUGCCAUCUUUGAGUUGAUGAUGGAAUGCGACAGAAAGCUCCUUAAAACAACAGGAGGAUUUAGUUUGGAAGUCUAUAGGAAUUCCAAAGAUAUUUUCAUUCAGAUUGUGAGAAAACUGAAGGUCACUUUCCAGGUAUCUGUAUACCUAGGCCUCAAGGUCAGCCAUCCUCCACUUGCUUCGUUUAGUGUUUCUCACAACAAACCUGCAGUACCAAGGGAAAAUGAUUCCAGUGACAAAGACUGUGCACUUCAGUCUCCUUAUAUAUUUUGUCUUUCACAGACACUGCUCAGAUCUAUAUUCCAGGGCAACAAAGCAAAACAACUGAACAUCUCCAUUGUUUUACAAUCUGACCUUUUUGUAACUCAAGUAGUUAGCAUUGUGAUUUUUACUGCCAACUGCUUACAUAUGAAUGGAAUCCAAAGUCAUUGGAAAGAAGGCCUCUGCAGCCUUGGCCCUCAGACCAGCUGGCAAAAGUUGCAUUGCAUUUGCACAGACAAAAAGCGUGUUUCAAGGACUGUAAACUCUCAACCAAGAAGAGCGUCCAGAGAUGACAUCAAAUUUUUGGCUGGGGAAGUAAUGGCAUACCCUAAUCCAGUAGAUAUGAAAAAGGUCCAGUUGACCCACAUAGACAAAAAUCCAGUGACAAUGUUGACAGUGCUUUUCAUUUUUGUAGUGUUCAUCAUCUUGGCUAUUUGGACAAUAAGAAAAGAUAGGUCUGAUAUAAAAAGCAGAGACCAUGCCAUAGUCUUGCCAGACAAUGAUCCUUUUGAUAAAGUCUGCUACCUAGUCACAAUAUACACAGGCAGCCGUUUUGGAGCAGCUACCACAGCCAAUGUUUUUAUUCAGCUGAUAGGCCAAAGUGCUAUCAGUGACACACAUUGCUUAAGACACUCCAAACACCUGACAUUUCUUCGAGGAGCCAUUGAUACUUUUCUUCUGACGAGUAAGAAUGACCUGGGAGAUGUUUAUUGCCUCCGGGUUUGGCACAAUAAUAUGGGUUCUUCCCCUGAUUGGUACUUGAGUAGAAUCAAAGUGGAAAACAUAUACACUAAACAGGUUUGGAUGUUCAUAUGCCGAAAAUGGUUUGCUCUUGACAAGGAUGAUGGACAAAUAGAGAGGACAUUUGUUGUUGCUCAACCCGCUGCACCUUUAAAUAAAAUGGAUUUUUUCUUGAUAAACUUUUCCAAUGACCUGGCAGAUAGUCACUUAUGGUUCUCGAUCUUUGCUCAUGUCUGCACCGGUUGUUUGAAUAGGCUUCAACGACUUUCUUGUUGUUUAACAAUACUGUUGUGCAUCCUGCUUGUCAACACUAUGCUUUUCAAUGCUGACAAGGACCAACAAAUGCUUUCUGAACAUUUACAAUAUUUGAGGCCCAUAAUAAUUGGAAUCCAAAGUGCUUUCAUUGCCAUUCCUUUGCAGAUGAUCGUAACAGCUUUGUUUAAAUAUUCUCAGAAGGAGCCUUCCCCACUGAAUAUACCUGAGGCUCAGCCUCAAGAAUGUUCUGCUUUCAUGUCUGGAAAUUUUAGGAAUUGGCAGGAGUGUCUACAGAAAUGGUACCUUGCAGAAACUGCUUCAAAAGUCCCAGGACCUAAUUUUCCAAAGAGCCCUUCGAGUGUCUCAGAUUCACACAACCUGGAAAAACUGAAAAAGAUAGGAUGGGGACAGAGAGCAAAAAGUUGGACCAACUGCACCAUUUCUGAGGGUGAUGCAAAUGUCAUUGCAACAGAAGAGGACAUGGCCCAAGAUUCCAAAACCAACAGCAAUUUUAAUAAUAAUUAUGUGGAGAAGGAUACAUAUCCUCAGAUUAAACCACCAAAUACUCCCCACAUGCUCUUUUAUAAAAGGCCACAAAUACUGUUUUCUUGGUGGAAUAGAUCUAUUUUGUGGGUGUUGGCCUUGGUCAUAUCUGCAGUGUUAUCAUUUUUUAUCAUAUUAUAUGGUCUGCACUAUGACUAUGAAACAUCAUUGGAGUGGCUAACAGCAUCCACUAUCUCAUUUUGUGCAUGCGUGUUUUUGCUUCAAACCCUGAACGUAGCACUUUUUUCUGCCUUGGAGACACUUUAUCCCAAAUACUGUGAAAACAUUAUGUGGUUAAGCCGAGAAACCUUCUUAGAGAUUAAACUAGAUGAUGUGAGCAUGGAUGCUGAUGAUAUGCGAGAAUUACAUUAUGAUCUAGUUAGAGUGAGAGGCACCAAGCAUUACCAACCUGUAGAAGAGGAUGAAAUCACAAUUUUUAAGAAAAGACAGAAGAUUCAGCACCAAGCUUUUGUUUUCAUAAAAGAUGUCAUAUGUCACUUUGUCUUUUUAAUUCUUAUUUUAAAUAUUGCCUACUCAAUGGAAAUCACCACUAGUUUUUACUACAACCAAAAUAUUCAUAAUAAAUUAUCUCUGGGGAUUUCAAACAUCAGUAAAGUAGAGCACAUCUACACUUGGCUGAGCAGUGUCUUUCUGCCUUUGAUUCACAAUGACCACCGCCCAACCUAUCUUUCAGACACCUGGUCCAAGAUCCUUGGUUUACCCAGAAUGCGCCAAAUAAGAGCAAAGAGUAAUACUACAAAAGAAUGUUUCUAUCCACACAGUUUUGUAAAUAAAUUUGUGAUUAGUAAAAGCCAUUGCCUUCACAAGUACGGCCAUGACCAAGAAGAUCAAAGAGACGACUUUGGGUUUUGGACAAACCUAGCCAAUAAAUCUGUUUUGAAACAUUUUGGUAAUUUUUCAGGCUUCACUUAUCACUCACCGGCUGAUCCUUGGAAAUAUAGUUCCUAUGGAGAACUAAACACGUAUGAAGCAGGAGGGUACACUUUUAUUUUUUAUCCAGAACAGCAAUUGCCUAAUUCAACAAACAGAAUUGAUGUUUUAAAAAGGAGCAGCUGGCUUGAUGAAAAUACCUGGGCACUGAUAGUUGAGAUGACAACUUUUAAUCCGGACGUAGAUUUAUUUUGCAGUAUCUCAGUUGUAUUUGAGAUUUCUCAUUUGGGCCCUGUUAACACAAGCUUGAUGAUCCAUUCAUAUAAACUCCCCAUUUUCAAGCAACUAAGCAAAAUGAAAAAGUUUGUUUAUGUAGCUGUUGGCUAUAUUCUUGUCUUUUAUAUCAUUGAUGAAUUUUCUGUGGUGGAGCAACAAAGGCUAAAAUACAUAAAAACUGUUUCAAAUUUAAUUAAUUUUGGGAUAAAGGGCGUGUGUCUCUUUUUUCUUUUGCAGCUUGCCUUCAAAUUUAAGUUGGCUUCUAGCCUAACAGAAUUGUAUUUGCUUCAUCCAGAUGAAUUCAUUCCAUUCCAUAAAGUUUCACAUAUUGAUAAAACAUUGCGGAUAACUCUGGGUUUUCUGGUCUUCCUUAUCGUUUUGAAAACUCUCAGAUAUUCCCGAUUCUUUUAUGAUGUGCGUCUGGCUCAACGAUCUAUUUUAGCAGCCCUUCCUGGCAUCUGCUCUAUGGCUUUAGUCGUGGCAGUGUACUUUUUUGUAUACAUGGCAUUUGGUUACCUAGUAUUUGGCCAACAUGAGUGGAACUACAAUACAAUGACUCAUUCUGCUCAGACAGUAUUCUCUUAUUGUGUUUCAGCUUUUAAAGACACUGCAUUUACAUCCAAUAGGGUUUUAGGGGGUCUCUUUCUAGCGUCAUUCAUGAUGGUGAUGAUCUGCGUUUUGAUCAAUUUAUUUCAAGCUGUGAUUAUGUCUGCCUAUGAGGACAUGAAGCAACCUGUCUAUGAAGAGCCUUCUGAUGAAGCAGAGGUGGUAAAUUUUCUAUUUCAUAAAAUUCGCAGGAUAUGGUGUUUUGUAACCUGCAGGAGAACAUCUACAACUGAUGCAGAACUUUUCAAUAGAGUUCUAUUUGGGCAUCCUGAGAGGAAAAGCACACAUCACCUAGGGCUCAAAGCCAGAAAAAUAAAUGGCAGAAAAAUGGUUUAUCUUGUCAUUUGA